AUGUACCAGUUGAUGAUUUUAUUAAUCAGCAGCAUCUUCAUUCAAGAUGUCCGUGGAAUUGUUGGUGGUGUUGAUUCAAAUAUAAUUGAUUUGCCAUAUCAAGUAUCACUUCGACGUUCAUCCCAACACAUUUGCGGUGGUGCAAUAAUUAGUGAUCGACAUAUUCUCACAGCAGGUCAUUGUAUUGCUGGUAUAUUUUCAUCUCCUUUCACUGAACUCACUGUUGCCUCGGGUUCAAGUACCCUCAAUGGCCCGGCCAAUGUUCAUUUUGUUGAUAAUGUCAUUGUACAUCCUGGCUAUGUACCUCGUGCUUCUACCCAACGUGUCAAAAAUGACAUUGCCAUAAUAAUUCUUGAAAAUUCAAUUAAAGAAAAUGAAUUUCAAUCGAGAAUUUAUUUACCAAAUGAAAAUACACCAAGUGGAAUUGUUGGAGUUGUCAGUGGCUGGGGAAGAACUUCAAUUGACAGUAAAAGUUCAAUUGUUCUUAAAAAAGCAAGUGUAAAUAUUUUAAGUUCAAUGGAAUGCUUGGAACAAGGUGAACUUGUUGGUGCUGGACAAUUGUGUGGUUUUAGUGGUCUUGGAAGUGGAACAUGCAAAGGAGACAGUGGGGGACCACUUGUUUUUAAAAAUACAAUCAUUGGAAUUGUAUCAACAUCUGAUCGAGAAUGUCUGCAAAAUGUACCUCACACUUAUACACGUGUUUUUACACAUUUAAAAUUUAUAAAAACAACAAUAACAGCAGCACAUUGUGUACAAAAACAUGGUCAAAAAUUUAAUAAUUUAAAUGUUAUUGCUGGAACGAAUGACCUUGGAUUAUGGUGGCCAAGGACUUAUGGUGUUAAAAAAAUAUAUAUUCAUCAAGAUUACUCUGAUGACAAGUAUGAAGAUGACAUUGCAAUAUUGAGGUUGGAUGAGAAUAUUAGAUUUAAUAAUAAUCAAAGACCAAUUAAAUUACCUGAUGGUGAUACUCCCGAAGAAAGUGAUAUUACAAUGUGUGGCUGGGGAAAAUUGGAUACAGCUGGAUAUCGUCCAGUGCUGCUGAGAAAAUUAUCUACUAGAGUUAUUAAAAAUUCAAAAUGUCAAAUUCAAAUGGGACGUCGUAUUUAUGAUAGACAAAUUUGUACUUAUGCUCCACAUGGUGCUGGUGCUUGUUUUGGUGACAGUGGAGGUGGACUAGUUGAUGGUGAUGUUCUAGUUGGCAUUGUCUCAUACAUUGCUGGUGCUGGAUGUGGCAAACUCUUCCCUGAUGUUCAUACACGUGUAUACCAUUAUGUUCCAUGGAUCAAGAAGACCCUAGAUGACGAUAAUAACUACUAUUCAAAAACAAACUUUUAA